CACACCUAAAGUAUUAAACAAUCAUGGCUGACAGCUCUUCUGGUACUGCUGGAGUUGGUAUCGAAUUGAAAUCAUUACAAGAACUAAAACGUCUCUUAACACUUUCUUACCUUCAGUGCUCGCACAGAGGACUCUUGUACAGUGCUGCCUGGGCUGCAGAGUUGGCUCAGUCUAUUGAAGCUCCAUUGGAGAGUAUAGUACAGUUGGAGCAUUCAAGUGGCUAUUACGAUGAAUUCAAUGCAUACAGUUAUGGUAAGGCACUCUAUGAUUUGAGGGAGUACAGGAGAGCAGCUCAUGCACUGAGAGACUCUAAAUCUGUUGAAGGGACUUUCUUAAAAUUAUAUUCACUCUAUCUGGCUGGUGAGAAAAUAAAAGAAGAUGAAGAAGUUGAAUCAUUAGGUGAUUUAAGCAACCAAUCAACUAAUCCUUUCCUCCAGCAAAUUAAAGAAGAACUUGGAAAGUUGGAAAAUGCCGACAAGCUUGAUGGGUUUGGACAUUACCUGUAUGGGAUUGUGGAGCGAGAACUUUCAAUGAAGGACAAUGCUAGGGCUCAACUGUUUAAGGCAUGCAUUGCUAAUCCUCUCAUUUGGGCUGCAUGGGAGGAUCUAUACAAACUAUGUGAAGACAGUAAUAUGCUUAAUAGUUUAAAACUUCCUGAUCACUGGAUGAAAGAUUUUUUCUUAGCUGGUGCAUCCCUUGAAGUAAUGAGAGCUAAUGAUGCUCUUGCUUAUUAUGACCACCUGAGCUCAGUUGGGUUUAGUGGCAGCACUUACAUUAAUAAUCAACUGGCAAUGGUCUAUUAUCAACUUAAAGAUUUUCCUCAAUCGGCGACACUCUUUAAAACAGUUCACGACUAUGAUCCGUACAAUUUCACUAAUAUUGAUGCAUACUCUCAUGUCCUUUAUGUCAUGGAGAUGUUACCUGAGUUGUAUCAAUUGGCAACUGAUGUUGAUUCAACUGACAAAUACAGACCAGAGUCAUGCUCUGUAAUAGGUAAUUUCUACAGCCUUCACGGUGAUCAUGAGAAAGCCUGUGCUUAUUUCAAGAGAGCAGUUAGACUUGAUAAAACCAAUCACACGUCAUGGAUAUUAUUAGGACACGAGUAUUUGGAAAUGAAGAACCACACGCUAGCCAUUGAUGCCUACACUAAAGCUUAUGAAACUAAUAAACAUGAUUUCAGGAGUUGCUAUGGCUUGGGACAUACUUACGAGCUAUUAAAGAUGCCUUACUUUGCACUUACUUACUAUAAAAUGGCACACACUCUACAACCUUCAGACGGCCGUGUCCUGUAUGCGUUAGGUGACUGUUAUGAUUCACUGGACCAAACAGAUACUGCUAAGAAAUGUUAUAAACGUGCUAUUGCUUUACAAGAACCCGAAGGAAUUGCUAUUGUGAAACUUGCAAAUUUACAUAUUCGCCUGAAUGAGACAGAAGAAGCUUCAAAACUCUAUUCUAAAUACUUGGUUCUGAUUGAAGCAGGAAGAGUAACAUCAGCUAGCGAAGAAGAUGAAGGCAAUGCUCACUUAUAUUUGGCAAGAUAUCAUUUGAAAAGAACUCAUUAUACUGAAGCUGAAGCACACGCUCUUAAAGCAACUGAAUUCUUAUCUAUGCGCGAGGAAGGAAAGAGCAUCUUGAAAGAAGUGUACAAAUAUACUGAGCAGCAACAAAGCAGCAUGUCAGCUCUUGUAGAGCAGCUUAAAUCAGAGGAGCAACUCUCUCCAGUGCAUUAACUGAUUUAUUGAGCCUUUUUAUUAAGGAAGUUAUCAGUCUGGCUCAUACGGCCAGGAUAACUGUUAAG